UGUUAAAAGCUCAACAUGACACCGGAAGAGCAAGCUGCUAAAAUAAAACAAUUAAGGGAGGAAAUUAGCAAUCUGAAUAAAUCAGUACCUGAUCAGUAUCUUGAACAAUUUUUAAUUGCUCGUAGCUGGAAUGUUGCAGCUGCAAAAGACCAACUCUUGAAAAUGUAUGAGUGGCGAGAUAAAAACCAAAUCGACUAUCAUCCAGUGGCCACAGAUGAAAAUAAACUUCCUGUUCUCUAUGCUGUUCGGGGCUUUCAUAGUAUUCCUGAUAGUAAUUUGGAAGCACAGCCGGGUAUAUCCGAAGCAGUCCUUAGAAUCAACAAGUAUAUGGGUGGUGCCUGUUUGCAUAAAACGGAUAGAGAGGGAUGUCCUGUUUACAUUGAAAGAUUGGGUUACCAUAAGGCAAAAGAACUGGCGAAAUAUACAAAAGUUGAGGAGGUGCAAGGAUAUCAUAUCGGUUGUAAUGAAUUUUUGCACAGAGUUGUCAUGAAAGAUUGUUCAAUUGCAGCUGGAAGGCACAUCAAUAGGGAGACCGUCAUUUUUGACUGUACUGGCAUGAACUGGGGCCAGCUGCAUAUGCCAGCUUUGAAUUUUAUUAGAGCAAUUGCAGACUGUGAUCAGAAGUACUAUCCAGAAACUCUCAACAAAUUCUUUUUGGUAAAUGCUCCCAGUGCCUUCGUAUAUGUUUGGAAGAUUGUUAAAGCGUGGCUUGAUCCUGGUACUAUUGCCAAGAUACAAAUUAUUGGAUCUGAUUACAAAAAAGCACUGUUAGAACAAAUUGCACCAGAGAAUCUACCCAAGUUUUUAGGGGGCGAAUGCGACUGUGAUCAUAUGGAUGGUGGUUGUGUACCUUCCCAAGUGUUAAAAAAUGCGAAACCGCUGAACGCUACCGACGCUAACCAAAAAGUAGCUACUGCUUAUAACGAUGACAUUAUGAAACAAGGCAAAACGUCUGAUACCAUUCGGGGACCUGCAUUUCACUAGAAUGACGUUUCUUUGUUUCCCGUUAUAAUUCUACACUCUUGACUCAACAAGUUUUAGAGAACAAUACAUUGUUCAAAUUGUAUAGACAGUUCCCAAUUUUUGAAGAUUAAAGUAACACAUCCGUGCACCACAGAAACAACUAAUAAAAUUUAAUCAUUGU